CAAUUUUUUUUAGACUUUAUAUAUAUCUUGGCAUAUUUUCCAUCCCCAUUUAUAUAUAUACUCGCGCCCUUUCAUAAACCAUUACCGCAAUUCAACCAUCACAAACAAAAAAACCACACAUUUCUUCUCUCUCAUAUUCCCUUAAAACAAAACAUCAUGCAACAAGCAAUUCCUUAUAGGUCAUAUACACACACCACUUCCACCUCUCACUUCAAUGGUACCAAACCAAACACAUUGAUAACAAAUAAAAUCCACAAUUCCAUCAAUGAUUCAUCUCAUAUCUUUUCUUCCUUUAAUAUUAAUGAAGACCAGAAAACAUUAAUUCUUAACAUGGUAUCAGAGAACGCGGUUAUAGUCUUCGCUAGGCGCGGAUGUUGUAUGAGCCAUGUCGUGAAGCGGUUGCUUCUCGGUCUCGGUGUUAAUCCGGCUGUACAUGAAGUUGAAGAGAAAGAUGAAGUUGAAGCUGUUAAAGAAUUGGAAUCAAUUGCAAAUGAUGAUGGGAAGGUUCAAUUUCCAGUAGUGUUUAUAGGUGGAAAAUUGUUUGGAGGAUUGGAUCGAAUUAUGGCCACUCAUAUUUCUGGUGAAUUGGUCCCUAUUCUCAAACAAGCUGGGGCUUUAUGGCUCUAAGCAAUCAUUAUUUUGUUCUUUUUUUCCACUAAAUUUUUUAUUUCCUUUCUUUCCCUUUUGGAGUUUAUAGAGGUAUAUACAGUUAUAAUAAAGGAGUAUUUUUCAAGUUA